AUGAGCUUUUUUAGUAAUUUAUUUUCAAAACCUGAAGAUAAAUUAACAUCUUUUCAAGUUUCAAAAGCACCAACAUUUGAAGAAUUUAAAAAAACAUUAAAAGAUAAUGGAGUCUCUGAUACAACAUUUGAAGAUUUGUUUGAAAAAAUGGUAUUAAUGACAUUGACGUCAUUUUUAGAAAAGUACCCAUCAAAAGAAACUUCAAAAUGUCAACAUAUUCCAACACAACCAGAAUGGUUUUAUUCAUGUAAAACUUGUUGUAAUGAAUCAAACUAUUAUUGUAGAAAUUGUUUUUUUGAUGGUGAACAUAUUGAAAAAGGACAUUCAAUUUCAAUGACAGAAAAUUCUAGUGGUAGAGUUUGUGAUUGUGGUGGUGAAGGUAUUAAACCUGAAGCAUAUUGUAGUAAACAUAUUAAAUCCAAUGAAAAGGUAAAGCAAGAGCUACUAAGUAAGAUUCCAAGUUUCGUUAAAAAGGAUAUUCACAUUUUCUUUAGAUACUCACUUCAAUAUCUUCAAUAUUUGUCAACUACAUCAGCAACUCAACCAACAAUCUCUGAAGAGAACAAAGAGGAGACCAUAUUAAUUGGAAGUUGGUUCAUUAUGAUAGCAUCAAUUUCAUCGUCAUUGGUUCAUAUGGCUGCAGAAGAAACUUCAGGAAGAGUUUUAGAUUCAUUAGAGAAUGGUGAAUUUAAAUUGAAUGAACACAAACCAUUACCUUACAAAAUUGAAACUCAUUCAAUGGAUGGUAACAGUGAUAUUAUUCAACCAUUUGCAAGUAAAAAUUCAAGUUUAUUAUCAUUUGUAUUUGGUAAUAGUACCGCAUUGCAUUCUCUAUUGCCAUUGAUCAUCAUUUUAUAUGAUAAUCAUAAGAAUUUCAAAUUGGUGGUAAUUGAAGAGUUUCUUAAAAACUAUUCAAACUUAUUUAAAAAUAGAGAUCAAGUUUCCACCGAUAUCUCUUUGAAAAUGUCAAGUCUCUAUUUGGGUAAUAGUUUAAUUUCAAAGUUUUGUACCGACUAUUCAAAAUAUAAUUACUUGGAAUUGGUAUUACGUGCUCAUAAGAAUUACUAUGUACCAUUGUUAUUACCAUUCUAUCAAACUUCAAAUCCAGAGGAUAUCAAAAAGGAUGUUAUGUUACAAACUGAUCUUGAAAAUUUCCCAAGAUUAAUGAAAUCCGCGAAUAUUGUAAAAUACUUUGUAACCGAUGAAGAGAAAAUGGAUUUAUUCUUUGAAUUGGCAGGUUCUUAUCAUAAAUUUACAACCUUGGAAUAUAUUGACCCAUCAAUUUCAACUUGUAAAUUCCUUUUAAACACUGAACAUUACCUUGUCAAUACCAUUAGAAAUAUUUUGACAACUAUUGAAUCUGAAAAAGAUUUUAUUUUUGAUUCUGAAACUUUGAAAAAGAAGUUUUUAGAUUCAACAAUUAAAAGUAUCGCCGAGAAAUUGGUAAAGAAUAUUAAAGAAUUAAAAAAAAGAGAAAUGACAAAUCGUUGUGGUAUGAUGUUAGAACAUAAGGACUUUUUCGUUAAUUUCACCUAUGCUGAAAUUCCUGUACAUUUCCCAUUGUUCCGUAUUUUAUCAGCUUUCUUAUUACUUAGUGGAAUGGAUCCAAUGGAAUUGUUGACAACAAAAUAUAAUCUAACUCAAGCUGAUAUCACUGAAAUGGUUACAACUAUUCUUUUGUUUAGAUUCUGUUAUAUCACCUAUGAUAUUCAAUCCUCCACUGAAAAUAUCACCGAUAUCUCCAUGUUGUACGAUUUACAUAUACUUCAAGUUGGUCUCUGUUUAUUGGGUACAAAGAAAUUCUUAUUGACUUUCUUUAAUGCUUUAUCAUCAAUCAGUCAUGGUAACAAUUCAAAGGUAUUCGUUGAUAAUCUUUCCUUGUUAAUCUCUGUAUUCCAAACUAGAGCAAAUCUUGCACCAACUAAAACUCAAGCAUUCUAUCAUUUGUACCAAGGUGCCAUGUCUGGUUUAUUCUUUAAAGUUCAUUUCCGUUCAUUCGAUAUGAUUUUACCAGGUUUCACUGAAAAUGAUAUUUGUGAAAAGCAUAUCGAAGAGUUUACAACACCAGGUGAAACAGAAAAGCUUUUACUCGAUCAAACCAAUUGGAAAUAUUAUGAUAAAUAUUAUCCAUACUUUUCUUUGAACUAUCGUGAUUUAAUCUCUUCAAAUUGUUCAAAGAAGUAUAAAGCCUAUCAAGAAUCAUUGGGUUUACCAGGCAACUUCAAUCCAUUACCACCACAACUUGAAGAAUUACCAUCACAAUUAUCUGGUGUUUAUUCAGCAUUAAAUGAUCAAUACCUUUUCGAAAUGAUUUUCAAUGUUUUGGUUGCACCAUUGCACUCAACAUUUGUUGAUUAUGAAAAUUCCUUUGAAUUACAAUCUGUUAUCAAACGUUUAUUCUCUUCAGUUCCAGUUCCACCAAUCAAUGAAUUUUUUUAUAUUUUAACAUUGACUUUCAAAUCUUUUAAAGAACAAUUCUUACCAAAAUUACAAGAUUCAGAGAAAUUGGAAUUACAACAAUCACUUCAAGAAUACUUUAAAUUGGAUUCUGAAAAUAAAUUCACUUUCAAAUUCCAAUCAACAAUUAAAGAGAAUGCAAUCACUCAUUUACUUCAAGUUUAUCAUGUUAACUUGGGUGAAUCAAAUGGUAAAGUUAUGUUAUCAUUAUAUGAUUUACUUUUAAAAUAUAAUGAAAUCAUUAAAAAAGAUAAUUUACUUUAUUCUGAAUAUACUUCAAAUAUCAAUUAUGUUUUCAAUAUUCUUUUUGAAUUUGAUUCUGAAAUAUUUAAUCAAUUUAAACAACAAUCAAAUGUAGUUGCUGCUGUUGUUGAUGUUGCUGCUUCUGCUGCUGCUGUUGAUAACUCUACUACAGAAAAUACCACCACAACCACUUCAUCAUUAAAUGUUGAAGAUUCAUUAAAAGAUUUAAAUAUUAAAGAUGAUUCAACAACAACAACAACAACUACUGUUGAUGCUACUGCCACCACCACCACUAAUGAAGAAACAACAAAGAAUUGUGUAAUUUGUAAUGGUAAUGAAGAAGUUGGUAGAUUAUUUUCAAUGUCAUAUAUUGAUUUAUCAUCAGUUACAUUCCAAAAUGCAACUAGAACUGUUUAUCAAUAUUCAAAGGAUAAAGAGAAUGGUUAUGAUCCACGUUAUCAAACUUUUCUUGAAAACUUUUACUUUAUUGAUAUUAAACCAGGUACAUCACAAUACAUUCCAUAUAAAGAUGAUCCAGCACCAUUAUUUGCAUGUUAUCUUUUCCAAAGGUGUCCAUCCACUUAUAUCUCUAGUUGUGGUCAUAAUGUUCACAAGAAAUGUUUAGAAAAAUAUAAUAAAACCAAUCCACCACCAGUCAAUACACUUUUCAACAAUACCUAUAAAUGUCCAAAAUCAGGUUGCUCAAGAGAAUGUGACAUUCUCAUUCCAUUAGGUAAACCAGAUACUUCAUUAGAUUUUAAAUCUUCAGCCAAUGAAUUAUUCUCAACCAUGUGUUAUUUCGAUUUCUUAGCUUUGAUGGAAAAAGAAAACAAAUACAGUAUCGAUAAGUAUUUAUGGAAAUUUGUUUUACAAAAUAUUGAAACCUUGGAAUUGAAAUCAAGAAAAACCAAACUCUACAAUGAAUCUGAAAAUGAUCCAGAAUACCAUUUAAUGAGUGAACAAGAAUUCCAAAAUGAAAUGUUAACAACUUCACGUCUUUUCAAGGUAGUUAUGACUGCAGAUGUUGAACCAGAACCACUCUUACCAAUUUACGACCAAUCAACCUUCUUUAUGGAUCCAUUCACAAGUAGUAGUUAUUCAGUUUACUUGGAACCAAAAGAACAACCAAUUGAAUUGUUAUUCAAAGGUUUAGCAUUAUACCUUUUCAAUGUACUCCUUAAUCAUUGCUUUAGAAAUAAAGUUGUUCCAAGUGAAAGUGCUGAUAAUCCAACCAUCGUUUCAAAAUUAAUCAUUGAAGAAUUUAAUAAACUCUUCUUUGAUGAUUCAAAUAAAUUAAAACAAUUGGAUCAAAAGGUUUAUUUAGAAUUUAAAAAUCAAAUCCAUCCAUACCUUAGAAAACUUUUGAUUUUCAAUAAUCUCUACAAACCAGAAUCAUUGAAAUCUUCAACCACUUUUGAUAUUUCUUUGGAUGUACUUUCAGACUUUAAUCAAUGUAUGAAGUUAUUGUUUAAUUUCGAUUCAAUUGAACUUUUAUUCUCACAAUUGGUUACAAAGGAUUAUUUAGAGUUAACUUUGAACUUCUUUAUGAAAAAGAGAAAACUCAGUUCAAAUAUUUCAAGUUUCCCACAAUUAUUAUGUACCUAUCCACCACCACAACAAUAUGACUUCCUUCCAGAUUUCUUUGAAAUGUUGCCAAAAUAUGCCGAUUCUAUCAAAGAGAAUACUGAUGUUGGUAAUUGUUCAGUUUGUAAAAAGAUUAACAAAAUGGUUUGUUUAGUUUGUGGUGUUGGUAUUUGCCCAAGCACAACUUGUAAACUUGGUCCAAUCGUCCAUUUAUAUUCUUGUCAAUCCGCUCCAAUAGGUUACUAUCAACAUGUUCCUUCUCCAAGUCUUUUUGUUUACAUAACAAAACAUAGUAUUUUCACAAGAUCAUUCUCAACCUCCAUUUACUUAGAUAAAAAUGGUAAAAAACCAACAGAUCUCUCUGAUUGCAAUUUAACUCUUUCAAAGAAAGAAUUGAAAAAACUCUUUAUUAAUUGGAUGAAUCAUUCAAACUCUAAUUUUUUAAUUAAAAAUAAAUAA